AUGGAAGAUCAACAGUCAUUCUUCAAUUUCCUGAGGAUGCCUCCUGAGAUGUUUAAUGAAUUGUUGAACAGAGUUGGUCCUAGAUGUCACAAAAUAGACACCCGCUACAGGAAAGCGCUGGAAUCAGGCCUGAAACUUGCUGUAACUAUAUGGCACUUAGCAUCUGGUGACAAGUAUCCAACCCUGCAGUACGACUUCAGAGUUGCCCGCAACACAAUUUCUAUGUUUAUUCCUGAAGUGUGCCAGGCGAUUGUUGAAGAAUAUAAAGAUGAAGUUACACCAUGUCCAACAACACCUGAUGGAUGGCGUACCGUUGCUGACGAGUUCCAGAGGAAAGGGAAUGUGCCACAUGCCUGCGGUGCCCUCGAUGGCAAACAUGUUGCUAUCAGAUGUCCAGCUAACACUAGAUCCUUGUACCAAAAUUACAAGGGUUUCUUCUCGGUGGUGCUUCUCGCUUUGGUGGAUGCAAAUUACAAGUUUUUGUGGCUGGAUAUUGGUGGAUACGGGUCGAUGUCUGAUUCUCAGAUCUACAAUGCGUCAGAAAUGAAGGAGUGUUUGGAAGAUGGAACAAUUGAAUUUCCCAGAUCCAGAUUCCAUGCCUAA